CUCCGGCGGGCGGGCCUCCCUCGCCGUGACGCUAUUGGCCGUGCUCGGCGCCACCCCGCAGUAGUUACGGAAGUCGGGCCCGCCUCUUCCUCUUUCUCUCGGACCGGGACGUCUCAGCGGCGAGCAGCGCAGCUAUGGCCAAGAUUAAGGCUCGGGACCUGCGCGGCAAGAAGAAGGAGGAGCUGCUGAAGCAACUGGACGAUCUGAAGGUGGAGCUGUCCCAGCUUCGCGUCGCCAAGGUGACGGGCGGCGCCGCGUCCAAACUCUCCAAGAUACGAGUCGUCCGCAAAUCCAUUGCCCGUGUCCUCACCGUAAUUAACCAGACUCAAAAAGAAAACCUCAGGAAAUUCUACAAGGGUAAGAAGUACAAGCCUCUGGACCUGCGACCCAAGAAGACGAGAGCCAUGCGCCGCCGGCUCACCAAACACGAGGAGAAGCUGAAGACCAAGAAGCAGCAGAGGAAGGAGAGGCUGUACCCGCUGCGCAAGUUUGCGGUCAAGGCCUGAUGGGACGGCAAUAAAGCGCGAGACUGACUGA